AUGGCUCAAUAUACGUCACGCGAUGUCGGCGAUCCGUCCCAAAUCAAAAAGACCAAGCAGUCCAUGGCCGAUUUGAAGCUGAGGAGGCUGACGGAGCUCAACAACCGUCUGCGCGAGGACCUUGAGCGCGAACGUAUUCCUGUCAGCAUAGCUGCCAAGAGCAUAAUUUCCUACUGCAACGGGACGAGAGACUACAUGGUGCCGUCAGUAUGGAACUCAGUACCCAAGGGUGAAGAUCCAUACGCCCCUCAACAAUCCAGCGGCUGCUGCGCCAUCAUGUAA